AUGGUUAAGUUGCUAAUAAAACUUUUCUUUACACUGUUAGCAACAGCAUCGAUCGUCAUCUUCACAGCUUCAUAUGAUCUAGACGACCAUGAAAAUGGCUCGGACAACACAUUGCUUGAAACGCAAGAAACAUCAAGCAGCAGUACUACUUCACUACGAGGUGUGAGCCGCUUUCUCGCGCAGCAGAACCUGGCAGUGAACAUGACAUGCGAGAAGUUUCCAAGGGUGUGCCGAUUAAAGAACAGCAAUGGGCCAGGUUGCUGCAAGAAAAAAUGUGUGAAUGUGAAGACUGACCGCCUCAACUGUGGGAUGUGCAGAAACAAAUGCAAGUACAAUGAGAUUUGUUGCAAGGGGAAUUGCGUGAAUGCUUCGUUUGAUAGAGGGAAUUGCGGUGGCUGCAAUAACAAAUGCAAGAAAGGGGAGUUUUGUGCUUAUGGGAUGUGCAAUUAUGGAUGA